UGACUUUGUAGAGCUAUAGACUGUGAACGACUUCCUUUAUUCCAAUGCCAGUACAAAUAUAAGAACGUGUAGUGAUUAAGGAGGGCAUUAUAUUUACAUCAAUUGAAAGUCAACGUUUUCCGAUUGUGAUGGCUCAAUUAACGUCAGUGUGUAAAGUCCGACCAGUAGUGGACGAUAAAAAAAUUAUAGAGCUUCUAAAAACUUUAUAUGGAUUCGAUGUAAGAAGUAUUGAAGAAUUGAAUGGGUAUGAUGAUAAAAAUUAUCGAAUUUUAUGUUAUGAAGAGCAUACAAAUACUCAUGUUGAACAAAUUGCACCAAAAGGAUAUGUCUUGAAAAUUAUUAAUUCCUUGGACUCCCAAGAUGAAGAUUUUAUCAAAGGACAAAAUGAAAUGAUGUUUUAUUUAAAUAAACACAACAUAACUUGCCCUGUUUCUGUGAUGAAUCUUAAUGGUUUUUAUUACUCUCUGGAAAAGCUGAAUGAAAAUGACACAACUUAUCAUGCUGUAAGACUUCUAGUUUAUUGCCCAGGAGAAAUUCUUUAUAAUGUAAAAAUAACUUCAAACUUAGUUUUUGACGUUGGACGAUUCGCUGCUAAAUUGAAUGAAAUUCUUCGAGGAUUCAUUUAUCCACCAUUCGAAAAUUCUAUACGAUUGUGGAAUCUUUUAUCUGUGCCAAAACUACGAAACUAUUUAUUUGUUAUUGAAGAUGUCGAGGAUAAGUCUUUGCUGCAAGAAGUCAUCAGUUGUUUUGAAAAGAAUGUUCUUGAUAAAUCGAAUCAAUUGGAGAAAGGUAUGAUACAUGGUGACUUCAAUGAACAUAACAUUUUAGUUGAUUCAGAGAAAAAUACAGUUGUAGGUGUUAUAGAUUUUGGAGAUGUACAAUACUCAUAUUUUAUUUUUGAAGUAGCUAUUGCUCUUUGUUAUAUGAUUAUUCAAUCUAGAGAUAUAGGUAUGGGAAAGCAUGUAAUUGAAGGAUAUCAAAGCAUAAAGAAGCUAUCAAAGUUUGAAAAAAGUAUUUUAAAAAUUACAGUUUGUGUUAGGAUUUGUCAAAGUUUAAUUCUAGGAAUUUAUACACAUUCAAAUGAGCCACAGAAUGAUUAUUUACUUGUCACACAGAAACCAGGUUGGAAGAUAUUAAGAAAAUUAUGGUAUAUGGAAGAUGAUGAAGUUGCUAUUGCAUGGGGAAUAUAAAAUAAUUUCCAAGUUAAAAUUAUGAUACAUACUGUACUUGAAUGUACUAGAAACAAUUAUACAGAUAGGAUAUAAAGUGAAUGAAUUAA